UUUUGACAUUGCUUUCGUCUUCUUUUGACGGACCAAUAAUAACAAUAAUAAUAACAAAUAAACUUUUUCUAUAUCUCUAGAAGAAUAAAGAUAGCUUUAGAGUUAAUCGAAUAUUCAUUCAUUCCUUCAUAUAAAUACAUCACGAAAAGAAAACCACUACCAUACUCAACAAACAUUCAAACCCACACACUAUAUUCUCUCUUUAUCAACAAAGUUAGGUUUCAGCUUUCAACAUUAAACAACCACUAUGCCACAGUUAGAUUUCGAGACGUUAGUUUCCGCCUUAUCCGGCGUCGCCACCGACCAUAAAAUCGCAUGCGAACCAACAGAAGAAUCACAACCACGGCAUCAUCCCGAUUCACCGCCGGAAUCAUUUUGGCUCUCCAACGACGCGGAAUUCGAUUGGUUUGACAGAAACGCCGUUUACGAGCGAAACGAAUCAACCAAAGGAAGUUCAAUUUCUAUAAACCUAAACCCCAGUUCAGCCUCAAACUCGCAGCGAUUCUCCAAGAACAUGAAGAAAUCCAAGGCUACGAUAAUCGGAUUACCGAAAUCUCAGAAAGCUUCCUUCGCGGAAGUUCGGGGCCGGCGUAAUCAUCGGCCGGGGAACACUAGGUUGUUUCCGAAACGAAGCGCGUCAACCGGAGGAAAAUCUGAUUCUGCCUUUUUGGAACCUUCUUCUCCGAAGGUUUCAUGCAUAGGAAGAGUUAGAUCCAAACGCAACUGUAAUCGCCGGUUGAGAACUCGUCAGAGGUCGAUCUCCUCCACCACCACCUCCGUCACCGUCGUUAGACAAAAAUCUUCACGUAGUCAAAGAAAGAAGAAAACCGGUUUCAUCCAAAGUGUUUGCGCAAUUUUCCGAAGCCACCGGAAUGGAAAAUCAGCGCCGCAAACGGAUCUUCCACCGGGAGAUUCUUCAAAGAAGAUGGCGAGCCGAAACGAGGCCUCUUUUGAAGAAUCGGUUUACAGUGAACCGCCCGGUUUGGGUUCAAUGAACCGGUUCGUAUCAGGGAGGCGGUCCGAGUCAUGGGGAUUAGGUGACUCUGAAAUCAACUCUUCACAUUAGGAUUUGUUUUGGCGCCGUUUGAAUUCAGUGGCUGCCACGUGUGGGCCCAAUGUUAGCGUAUGUUCGUUGGGCUCGAAGUUUUGAAUAGUUGUUGAGAGAUGACGUGGCACGUAGAAUAACUGUUUGUAACUGUUUCACACUAGUACUUGCUUAGUUUGUGCUUUGAAGCGUGUUUGAAUUUGCUGUUUUGGGUUUUUGAACUUAUCUGUUUUAGGAGUAAAGUAAUAUAACGACAGGGUUUUGUAAA